CUCUCUCCAACCAGCAUCGUUCUACGCUCAAACGUCGACGUCUUGCCGUACUCUCUCGAACAUCUCGAUCUCAGUCAAUUGCCAUACACAAGCAACUAUGAACAACAUCGCGCGCUCAGAAGAAUCCGCCAUGGAUCGCACCGUUCCUGCGGUCGACGACAGUCUUCGCCCUGUCGGGACUGAACCUGGCGCUGCUUCGCGCAUCGAUCUCUCGUCUGCUUUGGUUGACCCGAAUGGAGGGCCCGUGCUCGUCCCGGUCACCACCGAUUUAUCCACUCCACACGGCGUGGACCUAUUUUCUGUCCCGGUGGGCACAGACAUAGGGCCCGCCGAUGCUCCAGUUCCUGUGAUAUCAUCUGCUGUAAUCGGUCUCUUGCCUUCCCAGAUGGAACCUGGUGCUACUUCGACCUGCACCGAUCUCCCGUCUGCCUUGAUUGACCCGAAUGGAGGACCCGUGGUCGUCCCGAUCACCACUGAUCUACCCACUUCAUAUGGCGUGGAUCUAUUUUCUGUCCCGGUGGGCACAGACACAGGGCCCGCCGUUGCUCCGGUCACUCUGAUAUCGUCUGCUGUAGCCGGCAUGGACAGGCUUCCUACCAAUGCUGGCAUCGGUCUCUCGCCUUCCCAGACGGAAUCUGGUGCUACUUCGACCCACAUAGAUCUCUUGUCUGUCUUGGUUGACCCGAAUGGAGGACCCGUGCUCGUCCCGAUCACCACUGAUUUGGCCACUCCCUACGACGAGGACUUGUCUUCUGCCCCGGUCGGCAGAGACACAGAGCCCGCCGUUGCUCCAGUUACUAUGAUAUCAUCUGCGGCAGCCGGUAUGGACCAGCUUCCUGCCAAUGCUGGGAUCGGUCUCUCGCCUUCCCAGAUGGAACCUGGUGCUAUGCCGACCCGCAUCGAUCUCCAGUCUGCAUUGGAUGAUCCGAAUGAAGGACCCAUACUCGGCCCGAUCACCACUGAUUUAUCUACUUCACACGGCGUGAACUUGUCUCCUCACCCAGUUGGAGCAGACAUGGGGCCCGACGUCGCUCCAGUUACUAUGAUAUCGUCUGCUGUAGUCGGCAUGGACUGGCUUCCUGCCAACACUGGUGGUGUCGCGCCUUUCCCACCAAACGAGGGAUCCCCGAAUGAGGCUGUUGUUCUUGAUACGGGCUUACAGGCUGCUAUGAACUAUGAAGGACACUCCACUGCUAUGGUUGACGAAAGCCAACUGGCUUCAAUGGUCAAUGAAGAAAACCUGGUUGCUAUGAUUGAUCAAGGAUACUUGGCUACUACAGUGAAUGAAGAACACCUGGCUGCUGUGACUGAUACAGGAUACUUGGCUACUACUGUGAAUGAAGAACACUUGGCUGCUAUGAUUGGUCAAGUUCAUCUGACCACUAUGGCUGUUGAGGGACAUUUGGCUGCUAUGGUCAAUGAAGGAUGCCUGCCUUCUACAGGUCACAUUGCACCUGUCUCCAUGGACUGUCCUUCUGCCUCACAAUGCAUUUCUACCACUGUUGAUAUUGGAAUUUCCCCUCCUUCAGCCAGUGAAGGAUUCAUGAUCAAGGCUCCUGCAUUUGAUCUAGUGAUGCAUCUUUUCCUGCAUCAUCCAGUAUAG